CAAUUGCAGAUUUAUCCUAUUUGUUUAUGCCACCACCAGUGACCUGCAUGAGGAUCUACGAUACAUGUAGUUCUGAAGCAGUGGGCAUUAGAAUGGCCAUGGCCCUUAUGAAUGAGCAUGGAAAAGCCUCAGAUGAACCGUGCACAAAGCCAGCCCAGGUGCAAGCCAUAAUAGGAGAAGCCUUUUCGUCUGUGUCUAUGGCUAUAGCAAAGAGCAUUGGACCCUUCAGCAUCCCCUUAAUCAGUCAUUAUGCUACUUGUGAGUGUCUCAGCGACAAAAAGAAAUAUCCCUCAUUUCUGCGAACUAUUCCCAGUGAUUACCACCAGUCCAGGGCAUUGGCAGAGAUGGUCCGGCACUUUGGGUGGACUUGGGUGGGAGCAAUACGGAGAGAUGAUGAUUAUGGAAACAGUGGCAUGGCUGCAUUUACUAAAUUUGCAGAACAGCUUGGUGUCUGCAUAGAAUAUUCUCUUCCAUUUUUUCGAACCUAUUCACAAGAAAAAGUUAUGAGGAUCGCUGAGCAAAUUAAAAGAUCCACUUCACGAGUGAUUGUCGGAUUCCUUGACAGCUGGGAUGUGGGAAUUUUGCUGCAUGUGUUUUAUGAACACAACAUCACGGGAUACCAGUGGGUAGGAACCGAAGCCUGGAUCUCAGAUUCUGAGCUUGUCACAUUAGAUACGUACAACAUGUUGCAAGGAGCUAUUGGGCUAGCCAUUCCCAAAACGGUGGUAUCAGGUCUGAAGGACUUCAUUCUAGAUAUAAAGUUACUGAAAUCUUCAAGCAACGCCAUUUUUAUUCAGUUAUGGGAGACUCUUUUUAAGUGUAAAUAUACAGUUACUGGUGAUUUGGAUGAUGCUCCAGUGUGCACAGGAGAAGAGAAAUUAUCUGAGGUGGAAAACACUUUCACUGACAUGUCCCUGAUGCCUAUUUUCAGCAAUGUGUAUAAAGGAGUUUAUGCCAUUGCCCAUACACUAAACAAUCUUCUUGGCUGCAAAGAGAUCUGUCUUACAAAGCAGCAGCCUGAUCCUUUUACAUUUUUAGAACAUCUUAAAAGGGUUCGAUUCGAAACGAAAGAAGGCGAAGAAGUUUAUUUUGAUGAAAAUGGUGAUGCAGUUGCAAAAUAUGAGAUUAUAAACUGGCAAGCCAGUACAGAGUCCAAAAAUGAAUUUGUCAUUGUUGGACAUUAUGACUCUUCUUUCUCUGGACAGGACCGCCUAAAAAUGAACAUGGCCAAUAUUGUGUGGGCAAAUAAUGCCACAAAGGUGCCAGUAUCUGUAUGCAGUGAAAGUUGCCCCCCUGGCACAAGAAAAGCUGUACAGAAAGGGAAGCCUAUCUGCUGUUUUGACUGCAUACAGUGUGCUGAUGGACAGAUCAGUAAUAUGACCGAUUCUCUGACAUGUACGCACUGCUAUCAAGACUUCUGGCCAAAUCUAGAAAGGGACGAAUGUAUACAAAAGGAAAUCGAAUAUCUCUCCUAUGAAGAAACAAUGGGAAUGUUGCUAACAGCUGUGUCUAUUAUCUGUGCAUUUCUAACAAUGCCUUCUGAGUGGUCCUGCAUGCUGCGGCACACAGCGUUUGGGAUCACCUUUGUCCUUGGCAUCUCCUGUGUUCUGGGAAAAACUUUAGUUGUUUUAAUGGCUUUCAGGGCUACAUUGCCAGGCAGUAAUGUCAUGAAGUGGUUUGGACCCCCACAACAGAGACUCAGUGUACUUGUCUUUACUGCAAUACAAGUCCUUAUUUGUGUCAUUUGGUUAAUAACAUCUCCUCCUUUCCCUUUUAAAAAUCUAAACAUCUACAAGGAAAAGAUCAUUCUGGAAUGUCAUUUGGGGUCAACCAUAGGUUUCUGGGCCGUGCUGGGUUAUAUUGGAAUUUUGGCAUUUUUAUGCUUUGUGUUGGCCUUCCUAGCAAGAAAGCUGCCUGAUAACUUUAACGAAGCCAAAUUCAUCACCUUCAGCAUGCUGAUAUUCUGUGCAGUGUGGCUCACUUUUAUUCCAGCGUAUGUCAGCUCUCCUGGAAAAUUCACUGUUGCAGUUGAAAUAUUUGCCAUUUUAGCAUCAAGCUUUGGUUUGCUAUCUUGUAUCUUUUUCCCUAAGUGUUACAUAAUCAUACUGAAGCCGGAGAGGAGCACAAAAAAGUUAAUUAUGGUCAAACUCCCAGGAAAAUGACUAAAAAAUAACUAUAUAUAUUAUAUUUCUUCUUCAAUUUUGUUAUAUCUCUAGAGUAAGGUGUCUUUUAUAAUAAUUUUACAGUAUACGGUGAUUAUUUGGUAAUCAGAUUUGGUCUUGUUGGAGGAGUAUAUUAAAAUACCAAUAUAGGCUCUGAUAUAUAUCACAGACCUGCCGCAGCUCAUCAUUAACCAGGCACUGAAAUAUGGCUGACACCAAAGAUAGCGGGAAUGGAAUUAAACACUACUUUAAAUAGGAAAUAGAUGGUGCUCUCUCAGAUACACCAAAUAUCUGUCAAAUAUCUGAGUUGUUCCCUCAUAGUUGUUCUAGAGCUGCAAGGACCAGAAGCAUGGAUAACUGUUCAGAGGACAGUAAUCAGUGCAUCAGUGCAUCAGUGCCUCUCCUCAGAAACACUGGAAAGACUACAUCUUACCAGGACCGUGUUGUGUUUAAACACUCACCUGGAACAUGAAAAGAAAGAAAUGAAUGCAUCACCUAAAAUUGUAUAAUUCUGUUUACAUUUUUUUUUUUUUUCUGUGUGCAUGCAGCAAAAGCAUUUAUUAAUUGGACAUUGCUAAAUAAUUAUUACAUCUAAAAUACU